UUUGUUUGUUUGCAUCGGGGUCUGGUUUUGGCGCUAUAGGUUGUUUGUCUACUGGCUAUUUUAUUCAGAACUGUUUCGGUUGUGGUCACAGACUCAUCUGCUUGGGGGAACGCCGAGGAACGUCUUGACAAAAGACAAUUCGCAUAGUUGAUUGACUAAUUCAAAAGUCCGUGUGACAAUUCCACAAAAAUACUACGCCUGAAGUGUGCAUGUGUUUGUGAGAAAGGAGUAAAACAUUCAAUCAAAGGAUAAUGAAUUUUUAAUGCAAAAAAAAUUGAAAUUUAAAAAAAACAAUUAAAAGAUAAACUUUCGUAAAACGUAAUAAGAGAAUAGUGAGAGCCAUAAAAAUGGUUGAAACGGAAAUAAUUGUUACCAACUCAUCUGAGCCCACCACUAAAGCUAGUUUAAUUGUUGUUUCCAAUCGCUUGCCUUUUGUGUUGGUUAGAAAUCCCACAACCGGAAAAUUGGAACGUAAAGCAAGUGCUGGCGGUUUGGUUACAGCUGUGUGUCCCGUUGUCAUUCGUGGCCAUGGUCUAUGGGUUGGUUGGCCCGGAAUUCAUUUACAGGAUCCAAAUGAACCUAUUCCAGAAUCAAAUCCAACGGAUCAAACACCAACAGCUGGUCUGAAAUCUGAACAGGUCGUCUCAGUCAAUAUAAAUCCGAAAAUAUUCGACAGUUAUUACAAUGGCUGCUGCAAUAAAAUAUUCUGGCCCCUAUUCCACUCCAUGCCAGGCAGAGCUACCUUUGGUGCUGAUCACUGGAACGAUUACAUUACGGUGAAUAAACAUUUCGCUGCUCGUACCAUAGAAGCAUUGGAGAAAUGCUUGGCCAAGAACAGUGGCCAGGACAAGAAUCCUCCCAUAGUUUGGAUUCAUGACUAUCACUUGAUGUUGGCAGCCAAUUGGGUCCGCGAACAGGCUGAGGAAAAGAAAUUACCCUGUCGUUUGGCCUUCUUUUUGCACAUCCCAUUUCCACCAUGGGAUAUUUUCCGUUUGUUUCCAUGGUCGGAUGAAAUACUACAGGGCAUGCUAGGCUGUGAUUUGGUGGGCUUUCACAUACAGGACUACUGUUUGAAUUUCGUGGAUUGUUGCCAACGUAACUUGGGUUGCCGUGUGGACCGCAACAACCUGUUGGUGGAACACGGUGGACGCACGGUGCGUGUUCGUCCACUGCCCAUCGGCAUACCCUAUGAACGUUUUGUCAAUUUGGCUAAGGAGGCACCGAGUGUCCUGAAAGGCACAGAACAGCAACAGACAAUAUUGGGUGUGGAUCGCUUGGACUAUACCAAAGGUUUGGUGCAUCGCUUGAUGGCAUUUGAGGUUCUAUUGGAAAAGUAUCCGCAGCACAAGGAAAAAGUUUCUCUGCUGCAAAUUUCGGUGCCCUCACGAACGGAUGUGAAAGAAUAUCGUGAAUUAAAGGAAGAGGUGGAUCAGUUGGUGGGUCGUAUUAAUGGACGUUUCACGACAGCCAACUGGGCUCCCAUACGUUACAUUUAUGAUUAUGUAGCUCAGGACGAGUUGGCCGCUCUAUAUCGUGAUGCUGCCGUGUGCUUAGUUACUCCCCUUAGAGAUGGCAUGAAUUUGGUGGCCAAAGAGUUUGUAGCCUGCCAAAUUAAUCCAGUUCCCGGCGUGCUAAUUAUAUCUCCAUUUGCUGGUGCGGGAGAGAUGAUGCACGAAGCUUUACUCAGUAAUCCCUAUGAAGUACAUCAGGCCGCUGAAGUUAUACACAGAGCCCUUACAAUGCCCGAGGAUGAGAGAACGCUGCGCAUGAGUCGUUUGAGAAGACGUGAGUCAGAGUGUGAUGUUAAUCAUUGGAUGCGUUGUUUCCUUAAGGCUAUGGGCACAUUGGAAAUGGAUGAUGUGGGUACGACGACAAUGCAACCGGUAACCGUGGACGAUUUUGAUGAUUAUUUACUGAAAUACAUUGGCUACAAUCACAAAUUGGCGUUGUUAUUGGAUUAUGAUGGUACUUUGGCGCCAAUAGCCCCUCACCCCGAUUUGGCAACACUAUCACCAGAAAUGAAAAAUCUACUUUUUAAAUUGUCCAACCAUUCGGAUGUAUAUGUGGCCAUUAUCUCUGGUCGCAAUGUGGAUAACGUGAAGAAAAUGGUUGGCAUCGAUGGAAUCACAUAUGCCGGUAAUCAUGGUCUGGAAAUUCUACAUCCCGAUGGCAGUAAAUUUGUACAUCCAAUGCCCAUAGAAUUUGAGAACAAAGUCAGUCAACUAUUAAAAGCUCUGCAAGAUACGGUUUGCCGUGAUGGCGCCUGGGUUGAAAACAAAGGUGCCCUACUGACCUUCCAUUAUCGUGAAACACCUAAUCAACUGAGACCAGCCAUGAUUGAAAAGGCCCGCAGCUUAAUGAUCAAGUAUGGAUUUAGAGCAACAGAGGCCCAUUGUGCCUUGGAAGCUCGUCCACCCGUACAAUGGAAUAAAGGUCGCGCUUCCAUAUAUAUUUUACGCACCUCAUUUGGUGUGGAUUGGAGCGAACGCAUUAAAAUUAUCUACGUUGGCGACGAUUUGACCGAUGAAGAUGCAAUGGUUGCCCUCAAGGGUAUGGCACGCACAUUCCGUGUGACAUCCUCGGAUAUUGUUAAAACCGCUGCUGAUCAUCGUUUGCCAUCGACAGACUCUGUCUACACUAUGUUGAAAUGGGUCGAACGUCACUUUAUGGGACGAAAGGCGCGGGCAAAUUCACUGACCUACCGUAAUCCGAAGGGAGAUGGAGUACGAACCCAAAUGUCACUGGAAAUUGCCUCCAAUUCGAAUAGUCUGGACGUGGAACAUGUUUAAAACAUUCCAAUGAAUUUAUAAGUAUUCAUUCCAAAGCUGGAGAAUGAUAAUCCCUAGAUGUGUACCUUAAUCAGUUCGUUAAUAUUUUUUAUCAAUAAAUAAUUGUUUAUUUUAAUUAAAAA